AUGUCCGGUCUGUUCGGUGGUGGUACUGGUACUGGUAGUGUUGCUGCCGGUAGUGGUAAUGGUAGUAGUAACGUCCCGGGGGGUUCCGGGAACUUGGGAUUAUCCUUCGUCAAUAAGAAAGACACCGUCGGCGCGCCCGAACCAGUGAAGCCGAGAGGGCUCUUUUCCACGCACCCCAACCCCCCACAGGCCACCACAACGACCGGUUCAUCCCUCCCCACCGACGUCGCCGCCCUCCAGUCCACAAUCAACACUCUCCAGGCCGAGCUGAAAGUUACUACUAUCAUAAAUACCCACCUCGCCGCCUCCGUCGCCCGGUUCCAAGUCGAGCAGGCGACCUCCGCUGCUAUAGCUACCACCACCACCACCUCCACCACCGCCCCCGUCCCAUGCUUGCAUCCAGAUCACCCACAUACCAUUGCCUCUGGGCGCGGCGCCGCCUCACCUGAGGUGUUCAAGCAGAUGAGCAAGACCAACUGGCAUGGCCGUCUUGGGCGCGCGCACAUGGCAGACGUCGAUGCCUUGACCCCCCCCACGCUAAUGGAACUCGACAGCCUCGUGAGGCGGAAGCUGCAAUCCUUCUUCCCUCACGGCGCAAUGCACAGUACUAACAUUGAACCGGACCAUAUCUUUGCGUGUCUCGCUGCUCUGGGGCUUCGGCUGGAAGAUAGACCCCGGUAUGUCGGUUUCCCGAUAGUGGGCGGUGAUACGAUCGUGAAUGAUAGCACGGACAAGAGAGCGAGGCAACUUACGGCGUUUUUCUAUGCGAAUCAAACUCUGGCAGACUCGGGGUACUGGCGUGGGGCUUUGUUGGAGACGUUACUAGAGAUAGCGAGGUAUAGGGGGCUGUUUGAUAAUGAGGGAUUUCUGAAGGAGGAGUAG